AUUCGUCUGUGAGGGAGAAAGACCAACUCAAUUAUUCGUGCAAACAUGAUUCAUUCUCUUUUUGUAAUUAAUCAUUCCGGUGAUGUUUUUAUGGAAAAACAUUGGCGAAGUAUUAUUCCGCGAACAGUUAUGGAUUACUUCUUUGAAGCUCAAAGACAAGUGGUCAAGGAUAACAAAGGUCAUGAAGAUGUCCCCUGUGUAAUAGCAACACCACAUCAUUACCUCAUCAGCAUUUAUCACAAUAGUUUAUACUUUGUGGCUGUGUGCAUGUCCGAAGUUCCACCUCUUUUUGUAAUCGAAUUUCUACACACUGUUGUUGACAUCCUGGAAAAGUAUUUUUCAGAAUGUAAUGAGUCGAACAUUAAGGAGCAUUAUGUAGUUGUGUAUGAGCUACUAGAUGAAGUUCUUGACAAUGGAUAUCCAUUGGCAACAGAACCAAACAUACUGCAAGAGCUGAUUAAACCACCAAAUAUUAUCGGAAAUUUGAUCAACACUGUUACUGGGAAAUCAAAUGUUAGUUCAGUGCUACCAUCUGGGCAACUGUCAAAUGUUCCUUGGAGAAGAGCAGAUGUCAAGUACACCAAUAAUGAGGCAUACUUUGAUAUUAUAGAAGAGGUUGAUGCCAUCAUUGACAAAACAGGUUCAACUGUAUUUGCUGAGAUAGCAGGCAAGAUCGAGUGCUGCGUUCGUCUAAGUGGAACUCCAGAUUUAACUUUAAGCUUCAUAAACCCUCGCCUUAUGGACGACGUUAGCUUCCAUCCCUGCGUGCGUUUUAAACGAUGGGAAAACGAGCGGAUUUUGUCGUUUGUUCCACCGGAUGGAAGUUUUUGUUUGAUGACGUAUCAUGUUGGCUGUCAAAGCGCAGUUGCGAUUCCGAUUUAUAUACGACACAACUUUUUUUUGCCAAAGGAAAAUAGCCAGUCACAAACAGGAAAGAUCGAAAUCACUGUUGGGCCACGUCAAACAAUGGGACGAGUGGUAGAAAAUUUACAGUUGAGCAUUCCUAUGCCAAAAUUCGUAUUGAACUGUACGGUUUCCGUGAAUCAAGGCCGUGCAACGUUUGAUCCCGUUACCAAAAUUUUACUUUGGGAUGUAGGGAAAAUUGACCCAACUAAGCUACCUAAUAUGAGAGGACAAAUUCACAUUCAGAGUGGCGCAGUCAUAUUGCAAUCAACACCAUCGGUUAAUGUACAAUUUACUUUAAGCCAAACAGCCAUUUCGGGCCUUAAAGUCCAUCGCUUGGAUAUGUUUGGAGAAAACUACAAGCCUUUUAAGGGGGUAAAAUACCUAACAAAAGCUGGUAAUUUCCAGAUUCGUAUGUAAUAGAGGAAUCUCUACAAUAAAUAUCUAUGUAACAUGUUAAAUUUUAAACAAUGAAUGUAUGUUGUAUUGUGUCAAAAAUAAGCACUUAUUACUAUAUCAACAUAGAAACUGGUUUACUGACAAUUAACUAGUUGGCAUGGUGAUGAAUGUUAGCUGAAAUAAUCAGCUGUUCACUUGGGUCAUUA